UAUAUGUACCCACAUUUUUAGAAGUGGGCAACCAAAAUUUGGACUGCCUAGCCCCAAGCAAAGGAAAUGGAGAGCCAAAACCAGCUUCCACAAUCACAGCGACCUAGCAAAGGCACCACCUUCCUUAUGACUUGUUUUAAUGGAAUUAAUACUUUAGCUGGUGUUGGGAUCCUAGCAAUUCCAUAUGCACUUUCUCAAGGGGGCUGGCUGAGCUUAAUACUUUUGUUUCUGCUAGCAAUUCUGUGCUGGUAUACAGGGUUACUUCUGCAGCGGUGCAUGGAUGAAGAUCCAGCCAUCAAAACCUAUCCAGAUAUAGGGUUGAGAGCCUUUGGAUACAAAGGAAGAGCUCUAGUAUCCAUCUUCAUGUAUCUUGAGCUAUUUUUGGCAGCAGUAGAGUUUCUGAUAUUAGAAGGUGACAAUCUAAACAAGCUGUUUCCAAAUAUGGGUUUCAGAGUUGCUGGACUGAAAAUUGAGGGUAAACAAGGCUUUGUUCUGCUCACUGCCCUUGUAAUCUUACCAACAACAUGGUUAAGGAGCUUAGGAAUGUUGGCUUAUGUUUCUGCUGGUGGGGUUUUGGCUUCUGUUGUGCUGCUUGGUUGUGUUUUAUGGGCUGGUGCAGUUGAUGGUGUAGGGUUCCAUGAAGGAGAUGUGCUUUGGAACUGGGGAGGUUUGCCUACUGCUAUAAGUUUGUUUACCUUCUGUUAUUGUGCUCAUGCAGUUUUCCCAACAUUGUACAAUUCCAUGAAAGAUAGAAGCCAAUUUUCUAAGGUUUUACUUGUCUGCUUUGUUACAAGCACUGUCACUUACGGAUCAAUGGCAGUUCUGGGUUACCUUAUGUAUGGAGAACAUUUGAGGUCUCAGGUGACGUUAAACCUUCCCAUCAGAAAAAUUAGUGCAAAAAUAGCAAUAUACACCACUCUAGUAAAUCCCCUGACCAAGUAUGCAGUUAUCACUACUCCAAUUGCUAAAGCUAUUGAGGACACAUUUCGUUUAGGAAGCAACAAAUCUCUCAGCAUCCUCGUCAGAACACUAGUUGUGAUCAGCACAUUGGUUGUGGCAUUAACCAUUCCAUUUUUUGGCUAUGUAAUGGGCUUUAUUGGUGCUUUUUUGAGUGUCAAUGUCUCAGUGUUGUUCCCGUGCCUCUGCUACCUAAGGAUUAACAAAGCUGCUCGACGAUUUGGGAUAGAGCUGGUGGUAAUUGUGGGGAUCUUGAUAUCUGGGUCUUUUGCUGCCAUUGUAGGUACAUACACUUCUAUCAAACAAAUAAUAAACCAUCUCUAAAACUAACAUUAAUGUAAUUGUUUUGCAUAACAAAGAAUGGCAGAAAGUUAUGCAAGUUGAAUGAAAUUAAAUGCAGAAAAAAAAAUAAAACUACAA